CAAAGAGAGAAUCCGCCGGUGUUUAAAGGGAAGCAUGAUCCAGAUGCAGCCUUGGGAUGGUUGAAAGAGAUCGAGAGAAUCUUCCGUGUUAUGGAUUGCACUCCAGCUCAGAAGGUUCGGUAUGGUACUCACAUGCUAGCAGUCGAAGCUGAUGACUGGGAAUUCAUGAGAAAGUAUUAUCCGGAAGAUGUCCGUGGUAAGAAAGAAAUUGAGUUCCUUGAGCUGAAGCAAGGAAACAUGUCUGUCACUGAUUAUGCUGCAAAAUUUGUGGAGUUGUCCAAAUUUUAUCCUCAUUACACUGGUGCUGGUGCUGAAUUUUCAAAGUGCAUCAAGUUUGAAAACGGACUGCGCUCUGAAAUUAAGAAGGCUGUUGGGUAUCAGAAGAUACGCAUUUUUACUGAAUUGGUUGAUAGCUGCAGGAUAUUUGAAGAAGACAAUAAUGCUCAUUACAAGAUUGUCAGUGACCGCAGGGGCAAGCAACAUCAAAACCGUGGCAAGCCGUAUGAUGCUCCAGUGGGAAAAGGGAAACAAGGAGCUGCUCCGGCUCAGAGGACUAGUAGGGGAGGUGCUCCUGCUGGUAUAGUUUGCUUCAAAUGUGGUCAGGCUGGUCAUAAGAGUAAUGUAUGCACUGCUGAAGUAAAGAGGUGUUUUCGCUGUGGUAAGACUGGCCAUGCAAUAGCUGAUUGCAAGCACAAGGAAAUGAUUUGUUUUAAUUGUGGCGAAGAAGGGCAUAUUGGAAGUCAGUGUCAGAAGCCAAAGAAAUCUCAAACUGGAAAGGUGUUCGCAUUGACCGGAACUCAAACCUCCAGUGAGGACAGACUUAUCCGAGGUACAUGUUUCAUAAAUGGUACUCCUUUAAUUACUAUUAUUGAUACCGGUGCUACACACUGUUUUAUUUCUGCUAACUGUGCUCGAAGACUGGGUUUAAAAUUGUCCGCUUUGGAUGGGGAAUUGAUUGUUGAGACCCCAGCUAAGGGAUCAAUAACUACUUCUUUGGUAUGUUUAAAAUGUCCUUUGUCGAUCUUCGAUAAAGAUUUCUAUGUUGAUUUAAUAUGUUUGCCGUUGGAUGGCAUGGAUGUAAUUCUUGGUAUGAACUGGUUAGAGUAUAAUUAUGUUUAUAUAAAUUGUCAUCAUAAGUCGGUGAGGUUUUCCACUCCUGAAGAGGAAGGAGUUGACUUAUUACCUUUCAGAGAAUUGCGAAAAUUGAUGAAAGAGGGAGCUCAGAUGUUUUCUUUGAUGGCGACGUUGUCGGUUGAGAGUAAAGCUAAGAUUGAGGAACUGUUAGUGGUGAAAGAAUUCCCUGAAGUUUUUCCUGAUGAAAUUCCUAGUGUGCCGCUAGAGAGGGAAGUUAAAUUUACUAUUGAUCUGGUACCUGGUACUAGGCCUGUUUCGAUGGCACCGUAUAGAAUGUCGGCAUCUGAAUUGUAUGAAUUAAAGAAGAAAUUGGAAGACUUA